AUGACACUUACAAAAUUAGAUUCGAAAGGUUAUUCGCCAAGAACUAUAAUAAUUGAUAAUUAUGACUCUUAUACCUUUAAUUUAUUACAACUUUUGAACAAUACUGAAAAUGUUAUCGUUAUUAGAAAUGAUCAAUUUUCUUGGACUGAAUUUGAACAAAACAUUCUACCACAUUUUGAUAAUAUUAUAAUAUCUCCAGGACCAGGAAGUCCCGAAAAUUCAUCGGAUUUUGGUAUUUGUUCAAAAAUUCUUAAAUUAAAUAACAUCCCAAUACUUGGUGUAUGUUUAGGACAUCAAGGAAUCGGUUAUGCAUUUGGUGGAAAGAUUAAAAAUGCUGAAAAGAUUAUGCACGGAAGAUCAAGCCUUAUAUAUCACGAUGGUGGAGAUGGCGACAUUUCCUUAUUUUCUGGAAUACCGAAUCCAUUUUGGGCAGUUAGAUAUCAUAGUUUAGUCGUUGAUAAUGAAAAUUUACCUUCAGAAUUAAUUGUAUCAGCUUGGUGUUUUGAUGAAAAUAAUUUACAAAAAGAUCAUUCGUUUAAUCAAUAUUCACCACCACCAUCACCAUCAUCUAGUCAUUCUUUAGAAAAAUCUAGUAAAAUCAUGGGAUUAAAACAUAUAAAAGAACCGAUUUAUGGUGUACAAUUUCAUCCAGAGGCAUGGUUUUCUAUUUGCACAGAAUAUGGUUAUAAAAUAAUAAAGAAUUUUAACGAAAUAACAAAAAAGUAUCAUGGAAAAAAGCAAGGAUUAACAUUUUCAAGACCAAAGCUUCCAUAUAAUAUUUCAGCACUUUCAGUAAUUCCUUCCAAUUUUUUUAUUUUCAAUCCAAUAACAAGGAUUAAUAAUAAUAAACCAAAAUAUUAUCUUGUAAUGAAACAAUUUCACGAGAAUAAAUGGUUAGAUCCAUACCUGGUGUUUAAAGAAAUUCAACAAGAUUCACAAAAUGGAUUUUCAUUUAUGGGUUCAACACCAAAUUUUUCAAAUACGUUUUCAGUGUCAUAUUCCACUUUAGAAAAAGAUUUGAAAAUACAUUGCACAAAUGGAAAAAUUAUUUCAAAAAAAUUAGAAGAAAAUCAAACAUUUUGGGAUUGGAUGUCAAAUGCAACAAGACUAAUUAAUCAAAAUAUUGGCAUCACAAAAAUAUUAAAAAAUAAUGGAUUACUUUAUGAUAUCUUAAAAUUAAAAAAAAAAGAGCAUCUAAUAAUACCAUUUGAUUUCCGCUUAGGAAUGGUUGGUUAUUUUGGCUAUGAAAUGAAAUGUGAAUCUAUGCCUGGUUAUGUAAAGGUUGUUCCUAAUGGUGUUGGCCCAAACAAUAAAUGUCCUGAUUCAGCAUUUAUAUUUUCAACAUAUGCAAUAGUAUUUGAUCACUUAAAAAAAAGAUUAUGGUCAAUUGGAUUAAUUAAAAAUGAUGAUGGCAAUUCAUUGAUAGAUUAUAAUGAGUUGGAAGAAGAAAGAAAUACCAAUUAA